AACCCCAUGUACAUCAGUUAGUUUAUAUCAUAACCAACGACAAGGUGGAACUUGAUUUACUGGAGUGUAUUUUAGAUUUAAUAUAUCUAAAUCAUGGCGGAUUAUAAAAAAGUACUUUUCAUUGUGGUCCUAAUGGUGUGUAUUGUAUUAGUUCAUUCCACGUGCAGACCGAGAUGCCGGCUUCACCUCGCAAAGAUGAGCCUACCAACUUGUCAAACCGGAAAGGAGUGUAAAGAGUCCUACGGCGGAAUUCAUAGAUGCUUUGAUAAAACAACAGAUUGUGAUGAGCCAGCUACGUGUCUUCAGAAAUUGAACAGACGUGAAGUUGAUCACUGCAUGCUCUGUCCAACUGAUGGCUGUAGUCAUGCAACAGUAACUGAUUUUGGAACCAUGUACAGUACAGACGUUGAAGUAACUAACACCGCGAAUUGCGACAUAACUGAAAUGGAUCAUGAUAGUGUUGAAUGUGAAAGAGAGUGCAACAGUAAGGACUGCAUCUAUUUCUGGAGUAAUUUCAGCAAAUGCAAAUUAUUUAGUAGAAACUGUGAAAUUCGAGCUACUGGUGGGUCUACACCGCACCAUAUAAAAUACCGAAACUGCGGAAGUAACACACCCUGAAGACCAGAAUUCAGUCAUUAAAAGAAUUCAUAGCAUAGGAUUAAAACAAAAUUAGAAACAUAAGAAUAUGCGAAGCUUCAAUGUUAAUUCAGUUCUUUUUUAUAUAAUAUUUGAUAGUAAAAUCUAUGUACACAUUUAAGUAUGCAUUGUAAAUACUUUUACCUUUUAGAGACAUAUAUACGUCACGUCAUUUUUAUUCGUUAGUGAAUUAGACGUCAUUUAUUUAACAAUGACGUCCCUUGUUUCUAUUGACGACGUCAAAGGACGCCAUAUUGUUUGUAACCCUCCUGAUGAUAAUUUUUGAAACCGGUUGAGGAAUAAAUCAAAUAUACAAUAUAUCAAAAGGAUUUGGCUAUUUCCUUAAAACCCUUUUUUUAAAUAUUUCCACCCGUAUCGUGGUCUUUUUCAUGAAUUAAUAUAUAUAUAUAUAUAGUUGACAGAAUUUAUACGAAUUAAAUUGCUCUCACAAUAUACCAGAAUAAUUAUGCAAAGCGCCUAGCAGUACAAACGAUCACGCGCAUGCCACAGGAAGUCCACUAACCCAAAUAAGAUUAGUUACUGCUUUAUAUACGAGCCCGCAAUGUACCACACAUUCGUACUGGUUCAACAUUUGCAUAUAUAUACUGAAAUCUCUAUUUUCAUGUUUUACAAAUCAGUAGUGACAUUUCAGUCUUUUAAACUGAUUAGGACCAAAGAAGCUGUAUUUUCUCUCUCUGAACGUUAACUAGAUCUCGAGCAUAAGGAUACAUUGAAUAUAUAGAGUUGCAUUAAGAGAUAUAUUUAAAUUCAGAACAGUUGACUCUCCCAUAGUGACAUCCGCUAGGAUACAAGUUCGUUUUACAAAUUAUUAUAUAGUAGACAGAAUUUAUACGAACUAAAUCACCAACACAAUAUACAAGACUAAUUACGGCAAAGCGCCUAACAGUACAAACGAACACGUACCUGUCAGAGCAAGUCCAACUAACCCAAGUAAAAUUAGUUUUGAUACUACUUUAUAUACGAGCCCGAAUUGUACCACACAUUCGUACUGGUUCAACACUUACAUAUAUAUACUCAAGUCUCUGUUUGCAUAUCUCACAAAUCAGUAGUGAUAUGUUAGUGUUUUUUAACUGAUUUGGACCGAAGAAGCUAUAUUUUCUCUCUCUGAAAGUAAACAAGUAAACCGGAUCUUGAGGAUACAUGGAAUAUAUGCAUUAAGGGAUACAAUUAAAUUCAGAACAGUUGACGUUCCUAUACGUGAGAUAAGUAUGUAUCGAGAUCUCAAAACUGUUGAUUUGUAACGGCCAUUUGAUUUCAUUGCUGCAAUAUCAGUACUGGUAUCAUGAUGAAUGUAACAUUUUCAUAUUUUUAAAAGGAAUGAAUACACGACCGUAUGUUUGAUUUGAUAUGAAAAUCAUUAUCUGAUCAUUUAAAACGCUUAAAGUAAUUUUAAAGUCGAACUACUGUUGAAUGAAAGACAUUUAAGCUUGAACUUUUAGGAAAUGACCUACCAUAGGGCGGCUAUUUUUAGUUUUAAUGACAUGUCUUACGUAUUGUUGAUUAGAUAGUAAGCAAAUGCGCUUUUAUGUAAAUACAUUUACAUAGUUUCCAUAGUUUAGAAUAAAAUUUAUGUUUAUUUUUUCCGCCUAUUUAGAAAAUCAGUUGAUAUCGCUUUUAUCAGGUCGAUCAAUCCACAUAUCGACCGGACCUAAAAGGCAAUAAUUGUAUAAUACAAAAUAAAAGUUGCAGCACAUUUUUGUUUGUGAUGUAACCCUAAACACAGGUAUUUAUUCUUAGUUAUAUAGAUCUAGUUUAAAGUUUAAAAGUUAACCAAUUUUCAUUCAAAAUACAUGCUAUCAGCUAUUUAUAUCCAUAGAAGCUAUGACUAUACAUAUCUACUUGAUGUUUCAAAUAAACAUCAAGUUCAUGGGUAGGUCAUUUGGUUACCAGGUCAAAUCGUAGAUAAAUAUUGUUAACACUGUUUGUCACUUUUUCCAUUAAUUAUGGUAUU